AUGGAUAGGAGACAAACCUGCCACAAGAACCCGUUUGGACUCAACUACACCUUACCAAUGUUCAACGAGUGUCUGCAGAAGCAACACACCAACGGCAGUAUGGUACAGACGAUUCCGAAGCUCAUCCCUGUUCCGAUGGCGUCUAACGGUUGCUUCAGACGGAAAGGAAAGUUAGGAAUUCCUCCCGGAUACAGAACAUGCAAUUUUCCUGUUCCUAGCCUACCGUGUGACUGUGCUGAGAUUCAGACUGGUGGACUAUCCCAUCUCAGUGGAGUAUAUUCCAUCUAUCCCGAUGGAGUUGUUGAUGAUCCUCUCUUGGUUUACUGUGAUAUGGAAACAGACGAUGGCCGCUGGACGGUCUUCCAGCGUAGACAGGAUGGUUCAGUUGACUUCUCUCUAUACUGGUCCGAAUACAAAUCCGGUUUUGGCAAUGUUUCCUCCGAGCACUGGCUCGGUAACGACAACAUCCACCGUCUCUCCCGUAAUAAGACAUACGAGCUACGGAUCGACCUCGAAGACUUCGAUGGAAAAACGCGUUAUGCCACCUACAGCAAUUUCAGUAUUGCAGACGAGGCAUCAAAGUACACCCUGGCCCUUGGCAACUACUUCGGAGACGCAGGUGACAGUAUGUCGUAUCACGCUGGUGGUCUGUUCAGUACACGGGACCGCGAUCAUGAUAGAAUUUUAUAUGGAAAUUGUGCCAGUCAUUAUAAAGGAGGCUGGUGGUACAAAGGAUGCGGUUCUGCUAACCUCAACGGCCUGUACCUGAACGGUUCAACCACAAUUGCGCAGCAAUCAGGCAAGGGUGUGUUCUGGAGUCACUGGCUCGGUAUUAGACGCUCCCUCAAGAAGACGGAGAUGAAGCUUCGCCCGACGUAAAUAACACAAGCCUGAUGUGAUAAGAAGGUGUCGGAUUUACGCGGGGUUUGAAAGCGCACUUAAGAGCAUCGCACUUUACAUUUUGUAUUUUAUCACACACAGCUUCUCAGCUUUCUUCACUUUGAUAAAGAUAAAAGUUCAAGCACCCUCAAAACAGUGUUUCUCAUAUUCGUAUCAGUUUAAUAUGAAGGAACUUACGCCGUGUUGCUGUAAUAAGUGUUCACGGAUAUUCACUUAAAUAAAGAAAAUAAUCCUACAUUUUCGAAGGUUAUUCGCGGAUUGAGCACUCUACUCUUUCUUACGUACGUUUAAAAUAUGCAUUUAAAAUACUGAUCAUCAUAUAUAUUUACAUCAAUUUACAUUUUACACAUAAUAUAACAGACGAAAGUAA